AUGGAGUGGGCGCCUGGAUUCUCGGAUGAUAAACAGCGUGUUCAGACAGUGCUGACGGCCAUGUGUCCUGCUUUCCUCCCUGUUGCCAUCCCCGCUUCUUCUGGAGGGUCUGAGAGGUCAGCAGACCUCACUGCAGCUUCCCUGGGAGCUGAGGAGCAGCUGCCACGUGGGGCGCCCACGUCCUUCCACACCCCAGGCGGGGGGCUGGGGGCAAACUUCCUACAGCCCUACAACUUCUGGGUGGCGUCGGGGCCCUCUGCUCACUCUUACAUAACAGGCAGCUUUCCAUCCGUGAACCGGCAAAUGCAGUCUGAACUCAGAAUCAGUGCACAUCAACGACAUCAGGUCCGGGACACCGCCUCCCGGAGCCCGCGUGGCACAGCUGUGCGCGGGCAGGAGCGGGGCUGGGGAAGGGGAGGCCAGGCCGGGGAGCACCCACCCGCCAGCACCCAGGGGUGCCUGCUCGAGGGAGCCCUGCACACACCCGGGGCCCCAGACGCAGCUGGGCCGGGCAGGAGCAUGGGCUCGUGCCUGCUGGGGCGUGACCGCGGCGGGACCCUCGCCCUCCCCAGUCCUGGUCUGAAAGGCGAGUCUGAGUCCACCAAGGAGCCGAGGGCUGUCACAGAAGGCCGAGGGGCGUUCAGAAAUGACCUCUUGUCAUCGCCCUGUUUUGAGGGGAUGUUUCGGAUUUAUUUCCUGUUUAAUUUCUGUGGAGGAAAACAUGAUCUCCCGACAUACACUGUUCCCCAGUUACCGCCCCUCUUAUCGGCCCCGCCCCCUCCCGGCCCGGGGCUACGGCGGCUGCGACCGUUGCGCGCGCUGGCGGAGCGGAUCGCAGCCGGAGAGCGAGCGGCGGCCCCCCGUGUGCCCGACUCGGUUCUGUGCCCGAAGCUGGAGGAGCGCGGCGUCCGGCUGAGCCCCGGACGUGCCCAGACACCACUGCCCUUCCACAUCCCAGGCGGCCCCCUUCCUGCGGGCAGCAGCACCCCUGGUGUCCGCCCGCCCCCUCGCGCUCAGCCCCUGCGGGUGGUCAGGUUUUCUAUCGUGCCCCCGGCCGAGCCAGGAGGACGUGCGAGGGCCGUCGUUCCUAGCUCGCCGUGGCUCCUGCCGGAGGCCAGUGAGCCCAUCGUUUGCGCCUUUCCCCACACGCAGCGCUUUCACCCGGCAACCACCCCCACCCCCCAGCCCCCAGGGAAAGGGCGCUGUCCUGCACAGAGGCGGGGGCGGGGGGUGAGCAGCUGGGCCGCCAGGGCCUGUGGGCGCCGGGCAGAGGGCCGGGAUGAGUUCGGAGGCAGCAUGGCGAGAGGGGCGGGCUUCCGGCGGUGGGGGUCGGGUGCCCAGCCCGGCCGCGCGAGGGGCGCGCGCGCGUGA